UGAAGGAUGGCGGCCCUUGCCCGCCUGCUGGAACGUCUCCUCUGGCCAGCUCGCAAGCAAGAGAGGGUGGAGGAGGCAGAGGAGAGGCGCAGCUCUCCCGACGGGCCUCAGUCCCUCCUGGACGCGCCGCGAUGCGCCCAGCGGCCGCACGGGGGUGCGGCGGCGUCUUGGGGCUUGAGCUUCGGGGCGAGCGCAGUGCAAGGGUGGCGCGCACACAUGGAGGACGCGCAUUGCGCUUGGCUUGAGCUACCCGGGCUGGGCCCGGGCUGGGCUUUCUUCGCGAUCCUCGACGGCCACGGUGGGACGAGAGCCGCCCUCUUCGGUGCGCGCCACCUGCCGGGCUACGUGCUCGAGGCGCUGGGCCCAGCGCCCGGCGAGCCCGAGGGCGUGUGCGAAGCACUGCGCCGCGCCUUUCUGAGCGCAGACGCACGCCUGCGCGCGCUCUGGCCCCGCGGCGAGCCGGGAGGCUCCACCGCCUUGGCGUUGCUGGUUUCCCCGCACUUUCUGUACCUGGCGCACUGCGGUGACUCCCGCGCGGUGCUGAGUCGCGCCGGCGCCGUGGCCUUCAUCACCGAAGACCAUCGGCCCCUCCAUCCCCGGGAACGCGAGCGCAUCCAUGACGCGGGCGGCACCAUCAGCCGCCGGCGCCUCGAGGGCUCUCUGGCAGUGUCCCGAGCACUGGGAGACUUUGCCUACAAAGAGGCUCCGGGAAGGCCCCCUGAACUGCAGCUCGUUUCCGCGGAGCCUGAAGUGACCGCCCUGGCACGCCGAGCAGAGGACGAAUUCAUGCUCCUGGCCUCUGAUGGUGUGUGGGACGCCAUGUCUGGCUCUGCCCUGGCGGGACUGGUGGCGUCUCGCCUCUGCUUGGGCUUGGCCCCACAGCUUCUCUGCGCGCAGCUGUUGGACACGUGUCUUUGCAAGGGAAGCCUGGACAACAUGACCUGCAUCCUGGUCUGCUUCCCGGGGGCCCCCAGGCCUUGUGAGGAGGCCAUCAGGAAGGAGCUAGUGCUGGACGCAGCGCUGGGACGCAGGGUUGCAGAGCUGUGUGCCUUUGGCCAGGAGCCCCCCAGCUUGAACACAGUUUUCAGGACUUUGGCCUCUGAGGACAUCCCGGAUUUACCUCCUGGGGGAGGGCUCCACUGCAAGGCCACAGUCAUCGCUGACGCUUACUCUCAGUUCUGCCAGGCCUCAGGAGAGCGCUGGGUGAUGGGGCAGAAUGGGGCUGAGAAGACCACUGGCACCCAUUCAAGCUCUGCCUUGGACUUGGAGGCCUGACAGCUGUCAUCCUUUAGGGACCCUCUGCCCAGCUGGGGCCUCAAUGGAAUUAAGGAAGAAAACUCCCCUUCCCCAGCUAUGCAGACUAGCGGAAGGAAGAGAAACCAAUGGAGGAACCCCAGAAUGUUUAUUUCCCUUUCUCCUACUUCCCUCUCAUAAGACAGAAGGUCUUAUGAGAGAGGGGAAAUUCCGCCCACCAGCUAGACCCAAAAAAACCCCAAACCUCAAAACCCCCAAACCAAAUGUCUUUGAAAUAUUUCGAGCUGAAUGGACCCUGAAAAUCACCCAGUUCAAUAACCUUCUCUUCCCUUCCUAUUUUUCAUCUGUUUGGAGGGGAGGUAGGGGAAAGUUUUUACAAUUAAAUUUUAAUUACAUAAUUCAAAAUAC